AAACAAGCCAGUUCUCUCUCACCCAUUCCUUGACGAUGGCAAGCUCAUCAGCUUCUGCUACACAUCUGAAAAGGGCGUUCUCGAUGAAGGCCGUAAUCAUCAUGUUGCUCCUCACGACCUUGGCAUUCCGCCAUUCUCAGGCUUCAUCCAAGGGAGCCACCAAGCUGGACGUCACGUUGAAGGACGCCGAGGACACCUACAGCUUCCCGCUGGCAUCCGCUGAAUCUGAUGCUGCUCUCAAGGCUACGACAGAGAAGAUCGUCGAGGGACUGAAGACUGUCACAGAUAUGUCGGAUCAGCUCAGAGUAGCGACCCAGAAGAUCAACAUCUUCAACGCUCCUCAGCAGGGAGCAGUGAUCGCCAACGGAUUUGCAGUCAUCAUUCAGAAGGUGUCUGAGGGAAUCGUCAGGGUGGACCGAGUCACGUCAGGUCCCCUUCCAGACGCUGAUGCACAGCUCGUCGUGGACGCCCUGACGACAUUCGUGCAGGUCCACCAGGCCUUGCUGAAUGUGGUGAUCGGCAAGCACGGCAUUCUCACGAUGAUUCCGUUCUUCGAGCCUAUCAGAAUGGCACUUGUGAGUCUGGAGGCUGUCAUCGAUAGGUUGGCGUUCGACCUGAUUGCUCUAAUUCCUACUCAAAAAUCCUCCGCAACAAUUCAGUUCCAGAAGCUGGACGUCACGUUGAAAGACGCCGAGGACACCUACAGCUUCCCACUGGCAUCCGCUGAAUCUGAUGCUGCUCUCACGGCCACCACAGAGAAGAUCGUCGAGGGACUGAAGACUGUCACGGACAUGUCGGAUCAGCUCAGAGUAGCGACCCAGAAGAUCAACAUCUUCAACGCUCCUCAGCAGGGAGCAGUGAUUGCCAGCGGAUUUGCAACCAUCAUUCAGAAGGUGUCUGAGGGAAUCGUCAGAGUGGACCGAGUCACGUCAGGUCCCCUUCCGGACGCUGACGCCCAGCUCGUAGUGGACGCCCUGACGACAUUCGUGCAGGUCCACCAGGCCUUGCUGAAUGUGGUGAUUGGCAAGCACGGCAUCCUCACGAUGAUUCCGUUCUUCGAGCCUAUCAGAAUGGCACUUGUGAGUCUGGAAGCUGUCAUCGACAGGUUGGCGUUCGACCUGAUUGCGCUUAUUCCUACUCAGAAAUCGUCGGCAACAAUCCAGUUCCAGAAGCUGGACGUCACAUUGAAAGACGCCGAGGACACCUACAGCUUCCCGCUGGCAUCCGCUGAAUCUGAUGCUGCUCUCACUGCCACCACAGAGAAGAUCGUCGAGGGACUGAAGACUGUCACGGACAUGUCGGAUCAGCUCAGAGUUGCGACCCAGAAGAUCAACAUCUUCAAUGCUCCUCAGCAAGGAGCGGUGAUCGCCAGUGGAUUUGCAGUCAUCAUUCAGAAGGUUUCUGAGGGAAUCGUGAGGGUGGACCGAGUCACUUCAGGUCCGCUUCCCGACGCUGAUGCCCAGCUCGUCGUCAACGCUCUCACGACGUUCGUGCAGGUCCACCAGGCCUUGCUGAAUGUGGUGAUUGGCAAGCACGGCAUUCUCACGAUGAUUCCGUUCUUCGAGCCUAUCAGAAUGGCACUUGUGAGUCUGGAAGCUGUCAUCGACAGGUUGGCGUUCGACCUGAUUGCUCUAAUUCCUACUCAGAAAUCGUCGGCGACAAUUCAGUUCCAGAAGCUGGACGUCACAUUGAAAGACGCCGAGGAGACCUACAGCUUCCCGCUGGCAUCCGCUGAAUCUGAUGCUGCUCUCACCGCCACCACAGAGAAGAUUGUCGAGGGACUGAAGACUGUCACAGAUAUGUCGGAUCAGCUCAGAGUUGCGACCCAGAAGAUCAACAUCUUCAAUGCUCCUCAGCAAGGAGCGGUUAUCGCCAGCGGAUUUGCAACCAUCAUUCAGAAGGUCUCUGAGGGAAUCGUCAGGGUGGACCGAGUCACUUCAGGUCCGCUUCCCGAUGCUGAUGCACAACUCGUAGUGGACGCCCUGACGACGUUCGUGCAGGUCCACCAGGCCUUGCUGAAUGUGGUGAUUGGCAAGCACGGCAUUCUCACGAUGAUUCCGUUCUUCGAGCCCAUCAGAAUGGCACUUGUGAGUCUGGAGGCUGUCAUCGAUAGGUUGGCGUUCGACUUGAUUGCUCUUAUUCCUACUCAGAAAUCCUCCGCAACAAUUCAGUUCCAGAAGCUGGACGUCACGUUGAGAGACGCCGAGGACACCUACAGCUUCCCGCUGGCAUCCGCUGAAUCUGAUGCUGCUCUCAUGGCUACGACAGAGAAGAUCGUCGAGGGACUGAAGACUGUCACAGACAUGUCGGAUCAGCUCAGAGUUGCGACCCAGAAGAUCAACAUCUUCAACGCUCCCCAGCAGGGAGCGGUGAUCGCCAGCGGAUUUGCAACCAUCAUUCAGAAGGUUUCUGAGGGAAUCGUGAGGGUGGACCAAGUCACGUCAGGUCCCCUUCCGGACGCUGAUGCCCAGCUCGUCGUCGACGCCUUGACUACAUUCGUGCAGGUCCACCAGGCCUUGCUGAAUGUGGUGAUCGGCAAGCACGGCAUUAUCACGAUGAUUCCGUUUUUCGAGCCCAUCAGAUAUGCUCUUGUGAGUCUGGAAGUUGUCAUCGACAGGUUGGCGUUCGACCUGAUUGCUCUAAUUCCUACUCAGAAAUCGUCGGCAACAAUCCAGUUUCAAAAGCUGGACGUCACGCUGAAAGACGCCGAGGACACCUACAGCUUUCCUCUUGCAUCAAAAACUGAUGUUCAGUCAGAGAGUCUGAGAAAGGAAGUGAUUCAGAACGGAAAGAUAUCGUCCAUAUCAUACUUGGCAAUAUGAUUCAAAGACUUUUAACCAAGUAGUAGCUGAGUAUCUGAACUCCUGAUAUACGCAGGGAAAUUUUGUUGGACGGUUUUCUAAAUUCUUUGAGGAUGGUUGUGCAGUAUAGAGUGAUAAUCUGUGAGUUUGUGCCUAGAGGGGGAUAUUGUUAUUUAGGCAGCUGAUGUUAGUUUCUGCAAGGGAAUACAGAAAUUGGAAUGAUACGCAGAUCGGUUUACUUUGACGGCCACUCUGAGGAUUGUACUUAUCUUGUAGAAGGUUUCAACUUCACAGCGAUGGUAUGGUUCUCCAUGAAUGCUUUCAUGAAUCGCGACUCUUUGAAGAGUCCAUACCAUUGAUGUAACCAUGUUCCUGCAAGAUACACCAUUCAAUAAAAUCUUAAAGCCUGACUGAAAGAGAAGGCCCCCUUUGAGGAAUUGGUAUGAUG